AUCCAUCUUCCUACUACCGUUUCUGUAACGAAAUCCACGCAGCGACGCAUCACACCACACGUCUCCAAUACCGCAAUACCACCAUACUAUCAACCAGCCUGCCAGCCUGCGAGCCUUCCCGCCGCCCUGCCCACCUACCUACCAUCAGACAGUACCAUCAGACAGUACCAUCAGACAGACAGGCAAACACACCACUACCCUGGAUUGUCUGCUCGAUCAACAUAGCCAUCCCACCUGGUCAAGUCCAAUAACCAGACCACACUAGUUGCCAUCGCCGCGUGCCAUACCUCCUCCCCGUCCACGACUACACCCAGCCUACACCUCGCCGCCAGCAUCCCCGAAUCACGCAUCUUUACCCCGGCCGCGCCACGUGCACCCACUGCUCAGCUACGUCCCGCUCCAUGUCCCGUUGCGCGUACCGUACUGCCUCCUAAGAGACCACCGAGAGAUCCCCUUUGCCCAGCGAAUGCCGAAGAUACGAGACUAUAGCCAGCACCGAUCCCGGCUGUCCUACUCGGGGGAUUCUUGAUGAGGCAUGCCAAUCCUCAAUCCCCCCGCAAGCCCCAGCCAACCAUGCGACCACUACCCUUUUCGCGCUCAUGACGAAGAUGUCGCCACGACUUCGGAUUAUGAAGAAACAGCAUCUCCGAUUUCGUCUGGCACAUCUCACUGGCAUCGAAUCACAUCUUUAAAUGUGUUACCGCACCUCAACCCUUCAGCUACUGAGGUGCCCCAGGCACUCGUGUCUACAGGCGCGCCGGGGGGUUGCGGUUUGCAGUUACGUGGAGGCGGGCUCGAGGCUAGCGAUGCCGAGCCGCCUUCUCCCUCAUUUAAAAGAAAAGUUUCCGGAGGUAGAGAUGUGGGCCCUUAUGGUAUAUCGCCGCCGAGCAUACGCACGAGGCAAAGGAGUAAAGACUCCAGCGUCGGGACAAGGUCGCCCGAGGUCAGUACAAGCCACCAAUCUAUCCAGGAUUACCGUGCGAAGCUUGCUAGGGACAUGGAAAGAAAGGCCCAGGGCUCACCAGCGGAGAAUCUGGAGAAUAUACGCGUCUCGCCAAUUCGAGAGGAUCUAUCUGUCUCUUCAAGUUCCGUCUCUGACCUGCCUACGGCAUCCACCGAAUCAAACAAGACUGUUCGCGGAGGUAUGACACCGGGCUUUGCGGCAAGAACACCAUCAUAUCCUUUCCCUCGCAUGCAUACUCCGGGUUUUCGUCAUUCUCAUCUACAACAUCAUUUCUCUCCCUUUGAGGGGCGAAUUCUUUACGACCAGCUGACAUCAGACCCGUCUACCCCGGCCUCCGCCAUGACCUUUCUUCCUCCCGGAUGCACUCCAUUCUCGGAGGACCCCAACUACCCAACUCCUAACCUUUACGAACUCUCGCUAAUGCUCUCAGCUGAGCCUGGCCUCAAUGACUGGUGGAAUACUGUUGUCCAAAUCAUGACGGAAGUUUACAAAGCCGAAAGGAUUACAUUAUCAGUACCUGCUGAUGCUACAGACAUUGACAAUGUCCCAUGGGGCCAGAAGGCUACGUAUAAUGCCCAAGCAGAAGACGAAUAUAGCAUGGCCUAUAUAGGGAGGGGUAGUAGCUUAACAGCGAACAGUGCCGGCGAUAGGACUGAAGUGUUGUCCGCAACGGAGCCUACGCCAGGAAGUGAACAUUCUCUUCGACCGAACAUACAAAGUAGACAUUCUUUCACUGCUUACGAAGAGAAAAGGGAAUCACGUAGGAUACAAUUUAGCGAAGCCACAGCUUCACCGACAACCCGCCGACCUGGUCUUACUUCUAGGAGCAAGAGUCAUUUCCCAGGUGCUGAUCGUGGUGGCAUAGUCACCUCGCACACGGCUUUAAACCAACAGGCGUUAGAGGAGCAUGAUGCGGUUGAAGAACAACAGCAUCUCCCCAGCUGGGAAGCAACCAUAGAGCCUGAAAGAGCGCUGAAAGGUCAGGUGUUACCCGUUCUACAAGCUCUUGAUCUUGAUGCGGAUCCCCUUAUCGAUCAUAAUGGCAUCACCAGAGUAAUCGAAAGAGGCAAGGUUAUUGCCUUAACCCGGACUUAUCCCUAUCUUGACCCUGGUGCUGAUGAACAUUCAACGAAAGCCAAAAGCCCUAAGCCAAUGCCACAAGAAGCGAAAAUAAAGGGUUCUACGAAGCAAACAAAGUCCGAAAAUGCGACGAACUUGUCAUCAUUACUUGCCAAUGCUAGUGCACCUCUGACCAAAAAUAAAAGUAGAAAGUCUACCGUGCCUGAGAAGUCUAAAAUCCCACAUCUUUACUCCGUCAUUGACGAUGAACCACCCCGUCCUCCUACACCGAAAUUUGAAGAAUUUGAACAGGCUCCCCCUUCGCCUUGGUCACAAUCUCCUGCCCCGUCCCCGGCUGUUCGAGCUGACCCUACAGAAAACCCUUUCUUCACUGACGCAGCCGUGCUUGAUGAGGGUUCCUUCAAUCCUGGUCCUAGUCCACAUGACUAUACGUCUGUCCAAGCGCCCGAGACCAUUGGAGUUGACAAUUCGUGGACGGUACUGCACAUUCCUUUGAACCAUAUUCUGCUCUCGAGAUCGCCCCAAAGGUUCAAGUUAGACCCAUCCGUGCUUGAACAGAAAACCAAUCUCCGCGCAAAACACGAAGCUUAUCGGUCCCCCUUGGUAGCGCCUGAUGAGCCCCCCCGAAAGCAGCAGCAACCACCCAUCGCAAUACUAUCAAUACUCAGCCCUGUUAUACCGUAUCCUUCAAACCUACGGUAUUCCCUUGAGCAUCUCGCACCUCAUCUGGCGACGUCAUUCUCACUAUGCCGCCAUUAUACUAAUCUUGAGACCGAAGUCAUGGGUCUAUCGCGGAAGCGACCGUCGAAUGUUGGAUUUGGCGCCAUUGGUCCAGAUGGUAGGCCGAUUGCUAACCUCAGCGCUCUUGGUCCACUUGGGCUGUCAUCGGAGGAUGCUUCUCAACGCUCGAUUGCUGGAAGUCUCACGAGUCCCAGCGACUACUCAACACAGUCUCGGAGCAUAACUGGAUCUCCUAUGGGUACACCACUUUGGGAGCCUGGAUCAUUCGGUCUAGUUGUUGAGCGCCGUGUGACAGGGACUAGCCCUGGCUCAGCCGGUGGUGAUAGCUACUUCAAUCCCAAACCGAGAGGGGGCACACGUGCCGAGACACCGCCAGGUAUCUCCAGUCAUCGUGCUUCCCGUAACUCUAAAGAAUCUACCACAAAUAGACCGCACCGACAAUCGGCAAGUUCCCGUAAACAUCAAGAGCCUCUUCAAACAAAAGAUUCGGAAAUUCCAGAAGCUGCAACUACCGAGGAGGAUGCCACACCUGUGCUUAGGCCGCGACAUGUAUCGAAGGAGUCAGCCUCAUCAUCAAGCUUGAAAGAGGAACCUCAUGGCCAGGAUGUUACCGACCAUCCCAAAAGGCGAGCCGCCAACGCCGCACAGAGUGGCCAUAAACACACGAAGUUACAUUCAUAUGGCGGCGAUUUCGCUGCCACUUUCCAAUCUUUGCCGCCUAGCACACCGUUGCUUACGAAACCUACUACAUCAACUCCGACUCGUUCGGGAUCAAUGCCAACAACGCAAGUCAGCAUGAAUCCACCAACAGACCGACUAAAAGGCCUCAUGCUUGACCUAUUACCUGUGCAAGUGUUUGUAGCGUGGCCUGUAACCGGAGAGAUUGUAUGGGUGAAUUCUAGAUACCUGACAUAUCGGGGUCAAACUCUUGCAGACUUAAUUUCGGAUCCCUGGGCUAGCUUUCACGAAGAAGAUCGUGAAGACUAUUUAAGAAACUGGACACAUUCAUUACGAACAGGAGAACAGUUUGUCCAUACUGUCCGACUUCGUCGAUUUGAUGGAGCAUACCGCUGGCACCAAGCUCGUGCCGUUGCGUCGCGAGAUAAACGUGGUGUUAUCGUUCAGUUCAUCGGCUCUUAUAUGGACAUACACGACCAGAAAGUCGCCGAAUUUAUGGCCCUCCGCCAGGCCGAGGUUGAAGCGUCAGAGGCCAAGCAUCGUCUCCUAGCUAACCUUAUCCCACAAAUUAUAUUCACCGCCACAGAGAGCGAUGGAAUCACAUUUGCAAACGAGCAGUGGUUAGCAUAUACAGGGCAGAGUGAAGAUGGUCCAUUGGGAAAUGGAUUCAUGGACUUCGUUCAUCCUGAAGACCUAGCAAGAUGUCGGGUACCGAUCGAUCGUAGCAUGAUACCUAAAGUAGAGAAAAAGCCUACAAGUUCGUCCACAUCAACAAUUACAUCCGAACUAGUUCCUAUGGUAGCUCUUGAGGGCCAAUCUCUUCAAAACCUGUCAAAGUCACUAUCGGCGGCCUCCCAAGAUGAAUCAACGUCGAGUAAUGCUCAAGCAUCUAGCUUACCGAAUGCCGAUCUCAGUGAACUAGCCAAGAAAGGUAUCAUCAAAGUCGCGACGGAUAGUAAUGGUCGUCUCUCGUACACAACCGAGCUUCGUUUGAGGUCCAAAACUGGCGAAUACCGGUGGCAUUUGAUCCGUUGUGUCGAAAUUGAUGAUGUUGGGUUUGGCAGUGGGCCUAGCUCAUAUUUUGGCUCAGCGACUGAUAUAAACGAUCAUAAGUUGCUAGAGGCAAAGCUGAAAGAGGCUAUGGAGUCCAAGGGUCGAUUCCUAAGCAACAUGUCUCAUGAGAUCCGAACACCCUUAAUUGGUAUAUCAGGGAUGGUCAGCUUUUUGCAGGAUACGACAUUGAGUGAAGAGCAGAGGGACUUCACAAACACUAUCCAGACCAGCGCCAACAGUCUCCUAAUGAUUAUAAAUGAUAUUCUUGAUCUAUCCAAGGUUGAUGCUGGUAUGAUGAAACUCAAAUUUGAGUGGUUUCAUACGAGAUCUCUCAUCGAAGAUGUAAACGAACUAGUUUCCACAAUGGCAAUUGCGAAACGGCUCGAGCUCAAUUACAUAGUUGAGGAAAACGUCCCGGCCUGGGUGAAGGGUGAUAAGUUUCGAAUACGCCAAGUUCUCCUCAAUGUUAUCGGCAACGCGAUCAAGUUUACCACUGAAGGCGAGGUCUUCAGCCGAUGCCGCGUCUAUACAGAAUAUGCUGGUGAGCUAGGGGAAAACCAGAUCAUGCUAGAAUACUCAGUCAUCGAUACCGGUCGAGGGUUUUCUGAGGAAGAAGCUGGUCUGAUUUUCAAACCCUUUAGCCAGAUUGAUGGUAGCAGCACUAGACAACAUGGUGGCAGUGGCCUUGGUCUCGUAAUCUCCCGCCAGUUAGUAGAACUUCACGGAGGGCAGAUGGAUGGCAAAGCGGUGCCUGGAAAAGGGUCAACUUUCACUUUCACCGCUAGAUUUGACUUGCCAAAUGCGGCUGAUCACCCCGAAGUGACGACUACGCCGCCCAUGGGGGCAACAGCCACCCCCCCAGGGGAGCACAACGCCUCCAUGCAAGCCAUAAAGCCACUCAUGCUUCAGAAAACAUUGGAGCAGCCGAUGGCUGCUAGUCCUAGCUCAGACGCCGGAGUUACCUCUCCAGCUCUCGCAUCAUCUGGUAGCUCUGAUCCUUCGAUACGGUCUGUGCAUACUCAACAUACCACCACAUCAUCAGUCUCCUCUGUUAACGUCGGCCUUGUGCAUUUCAGUGAAGCAGCGAAGGCGAGUGGGCAGGAUCUGUCUCAAAUGAAGUUUGAAAUGCCGAUGGGAAGGCUCUCACUGCAGACGUUACCUGUCACCGACAACAAUACCCUGCCAAACCUGCAACAGUCUCGUUUACCAAUGUACUCGAUCCUCAUCAUCUGCCCACAGAAAUACAGUAGAGAAGCGAUCACGAAACACAUUGAAAUGACGCUGCCUAAGUAUGUGCCUCGCCAGAUCACAGCUCGGUCGAGCCUUCUAGAGGCCCAAAGCCUGAUAGGUGGGGAUGAAGCAGUCACAUUUACACAUGUCGUUGUCAAUCUCGCUUCCGCAGAGGAGAUUGUGGAUGUCACAACCCAAACUAUUGCCUCGUCAGCAGGUAGAACGAUUACGCUGAUCAUGUCUGAUUCCCUACAGAGGCAGGCAGUGCUGGACCUUGCGUCGAAAACUGGACACUCUCAACUUCUUGCAGACAAGAAGAUCAUAUUUGUGCACAAGCCCGUGAAGCCGUCACGGUUUGCUGUCAUUUUUGAUCCAGCCAGAGAGCGCGACGUAAGCACUGAUCUAAACCGCUCAAGUGCAGCGCAAAUGGUCGAAUCACAGAAACAGAGCUACCUGGACGUGGAAAAGCGGAUAGGCGCCAAAGGUGUCAAGGUUCUAUUGGUUGAAGAUAAUCCAGUCAAUCAGAAAGUGCUCUCUCGGUACUUGAAAAAGGUAGGCAUCGAGGCGGAGAUUGCCGCAGACGGUAUGGAGGCCACGGAAAUGGUGUUUGCGCGCACUCCAAUGUAUUAUUCUCUCAUCCUGUGUGAUCUUCACAUGCCUCGCAAGGACGGCUACCAGACGUGCCAAGACAUUCGGCGGUGGGAACGAGAGAACAACUACAGUCCUACACCAGUCAUUGCACUCUCGGCCAACGUGAUGUCCGAUGUGCAAGAGAAGUGCAUUGCGGCGGGAUUUGACGACUUUGUCACGAAACCGGUGGACUUUGUCGAUCUCAGCGCAGCCAUGUCCAAACACUUCUAACGUUGUCAUUGCACGUGCAUGACCCACAAGCGAAUACGAUCGUCGCUCAGAUGACUGCAUUGCAUCCAUGGCGUUUUAAGGCGAGGAAAAUUGGUGGUGUCUACGUCGAUCCUCAGCAACCUCAGCUGGUGACGGGCAAGUAUAUUUGUUUUCUCUCUUAUCUUGUUUUUAAAGCAUUGUAUAUAUCGUGACAUUAAACUGGACGCGGAUGGUUCAUACACAACGACGAAACAAGCCGUUCUACCCGGAGUCACUGUCAAAGCGGCGCUCCAAGCCCAACACACUAGUCUAUUUAUUCCGUGUGGGCGGGCUUCUGGGGACAGUGGCGUCGAGACGAGGUGGUUAGCCAUUGCACGUCAGCAACGGUCGGUUGCGUAUAGUUACGUGCGCAACUCUGUUCGACAUUGUCGAGCUGCUUGUUUUGUUAAGCCGCCGGCUUGGCCUGUAUGAUGGAGUUCCAAGGACGGGCAUUCAUUUUUCAUUUCUUGCUCAAAAUAUACCUCUCACCUGUAGAAAGCGCUGGGACCAAACAGGCGUAUGCAUUUUCAAGAAGAUAUUAUUUAUAUACAUGAUUAAUGGAACGAAAAGCUGAAACACCUGUGAAU